GGCCUGUGUCAGUUACCGCUCCUCUGCUCUGGGCGGUUCCAGCCUGAAAGAGACGCUUAUGAAGAAAGCUCACCAACAAAACUAUCAGCGCAGACACAAACAUGGCGCCUACCUCCACCGACAACUUCAGAUAAAAGUGUGGCGAAGAAGUGGCCUGCAAAGUUUUUAUAGGAGUAAAUUCGAAGUGGCUUUCCCCUCGCGUCGUUCUGGUUUGUCCUGUUUUUGCACAAAUACGGAAUUUGUUGAGCGGUAAAACAGCAAGUUGCCUACAUGUCAACAUUGUCUCUCGCCGCGGUGUAAACAGCUGGUGCACCCAGCCAUGAUCGAGGACAAGGGUCACCGCGUGACCGACUACUUUGUGGUGGCCGGACUGACAGACAAGUCCACCCCCUUGGAGCAGGACCUGUCUGAGGCCAAGUCCAGUGGGCCUAAAGCUCCCAUCACUGAUCUAGCUGUCAUUAACAGAUCAGCAGGAGAAACUGUCCCAGAGGGCUUUACUUGUAUCGAAAGCACCUACAGUGGCCAGCCAGCCAACCUUAACCAUGGCAGUCUUAAGAGCCCCGAGCUCUUCCUGUGCUACAAGAGGGGUCGAGGGAAGCCUCCACUCAUCGACAUUGGGGUGCUGUAUGAGGGUAAGGAGCGCCUAAUCCAGGGCUGCGAGGUCAUCCAGGCCACGCCGUAUGGCCGCUGCGCCAACAUCAACAACAGCUCUGCAACCUCACAGCGCAUCUUCAUCACUUUCCGCCGAGCACAACCUGUCCAGCCUCAGAAUUCCCUGGCGGUGACAGAUAUUUGUGUAAUUGUCACCAACAAGGGCGAAACACCACCACAUACCUUUUGUAAAGUGGAUAAAAACCUCAACUGUGGCAUGUGGGGCUCCAAUGUGUUCCUGUGUUACAAGAAAUCUGUAUCGGCUUCAAAUUCCAUCAGUUACAAAGCUGGUUUAAUCUUCCGUUAUCCAGAAGAAGACUAUGAGUCUUUCCCUCUGUCAGAGUCUGUUCCCCUGUUCUGUUUACCCAUGGGUGCCAAUAUUGAGUGCUGGGCACCAAACACUCGUGACCCCCUACCAGUGUUCUCCACAUUUGUCUUAACCAUCUCUUCUGGUGAAAAGGUGUAUGGAUCGGCUAUUCAGUUCUACGAGCCGUACUCUGUGGAUCUUCUGAGUGAGAAGCAGAAGAUCCAGCUGGGUCUGCUUACUACAGUGGAAAAGAAGAUGAUCCCCAACCGGCCUGUGAACACCAAUAAGUGUAUCUGUCUGCUCUCCCAUUGGCCCUUCUUUGAGUCCUUCCGCAAGUUCCUGAUGUUCAUCUACAAGCUCUCAGUCUCUGGCCCACACCCACUGCCUAUCGAGAAGCACAUCUCUCACUUCAUGCACAACGUGUCAUUUCCUUCCCCUCAAAGACCCAGAAUCCUGGUUCAGCUCUCGGCACAUGACAAUUUGAUCCUCUCCCAGCCUGUGUGUACACCUUUACCCCUCAGCGGGGCAGACUACGGCACUCUGCUGAUGAAUCUGGGCUCGGAGAACUGUGCCACACUGCUGCACUUCGUCCUGCUGGAGAGUAAGAUCCUGCUGCACUCGCUGCGGCCUGCAGUGCUCACCGGAGUGGCCGAGGCUGUAGUGGCUAUGAUCUUCCCCUUCCAGUGGCAGUGUCCCUACAUCCCUCUGUGCCCACUCUCUCUCGCUGGUGUCCUCAACGCUCCAUGUCCCUUCAUAGUGGGUGUAGACUCCCGUUACUUUGACCUGUACGACCCCCCGCCAGAUGUUGUCUGUGUGGAUCUGGACACCAACACGAUCUACCUGUCUGAUGAGAAGAGACACAGCAGCUGGAAGAACCUCCCAAAGAAGCCUUGCAAGAGUCUUAUUAACUCGCUGAGCAACUUGCACCACCAGCUGGCCACUGCUUCAAUACGUCAAACACCACAUGAAGACUCUGCUCUCGACCUGACCCCUAUUGAGGCAGACUUCACAUGGCACAAGAAAAAAAUGGCCCUGGAAAUGGAAAUCCAAGAGGCCUUCCUUCGUUUCAUGGCGUCCAUCCUGAAAGGCUACCGUUCCUACCUCAAACCAAUCACCCAGGCUCCCUCAGAAAAGGCCACAGCUGCAGACUCCCUUUAUGACCUGCAAGGUUUUCUCAAAAGCAGAGAUCGUGCCCAUCAGAAAUUCUACUCCCAGCUCACCAAGACUCAGAUAUUCAUCCGCUUCAUUGAGGAGUGCACGUUUGUCAGCGACAAGGAUACCGGCUUGGCCUUUUUUGACGACUGCAUUGAGAAGCUUUUUCCCUCUGAUAAAAUCACCGACAAGGGUACCAAGGUUGAAGGAGAGUCAUCUGAGGACACAAAACUGCUGGAACUUGACGAGUCUCAGAAAAGUGAACACACCGUCUUUGUAAUGCCUCCUGAACCUCCAGCUGACAACGGACCUGAACCUUCUCCUCGAUACACCUAUAAAGGCUUCCCGCGGCUCCAGAUGAGUCUGUUUGACCGUCCCAAAGAGUUGCGUCCAGCACUUAGCAGCAGAUCAGCAGGGGCCAGUCUGUCCAGCAGCCCUGCACUACUGGCUAAAAGAACUAAGCAGGAGAUCAAGCUUGCAUACAAGAUGGCAAAACGUUUCUACUCCAACCCACCGCUGUGGGCCCGCUGUCUGUUCAGUCAUUGCUACAGUCUGUGGUUCAUCUGCCUACCAGCAGCUGUGCGACUGGCCAAGUCCAAGAGCCGAGCCAUGCAGCAGGCUUACAACGUGCUGUUAAGGAUGAGGGCUGCAGAGGUGGAGAUUCUGGAUGAGGUGUGUUACAGAGUGGUUAUGCAGCUCUGUGGUGUGUGGGGUCUUCCUGUUAUGGCUGUGCGAGUCCUGGUUGAGAUGAAAAAAGCUGGAGUACAUCCCAACGCCAUCACAUAUGGAUACUACAAUAAGGCUGUCUUGGAGAGCCCAUGGCCAAGCCGAAAUCGUAGCGGCCUCUUUAUGUGGACCAAGUUGCGUAAUGUGCUUCGUGGAGUGACGCAGUUUAAACGCACUCAGAAUCGCACAUCUUCCAAGAAGGGAUCCACGUUAACUUCCACAGACACAUUAGUGGAUGGAUCAGCAGUCACUGACGUUGACAGUUUGAGCCACGGAAGUGCUGAUAGCUCAAAUGAUGUCAAUGGCGAGGAACAUAAUCUCUUUGCCCCCCGUCAUGACAUGGGAGAUACAGCAGACAGCCACUGUAGUACAGGACGACAGUCGGAUCAAGGCUAUGGUUCUAAGGAUGAGUUGCACCAGGAGCUGGCAGAUCCUUCAGGUGUCCUUGUAGCUGAGCAGAGAAACAAUGCUAAAGCACAGCACAAUGGAGGUGACAUUGCUGGGUCAGUGGAUAGUGCAGUAGCAGUGGUAGAACCCCUGAGCCCUGUGGAUGGACCCUCACCUGUCCCCAGCAUUGUUAAACUGUCCACAGGAAGCUUUGAUAGUGGCAGGGAAAAAGGAGCAGGGAAGCUUUUCAGGAGACACAGCAAGAAUGAUAGUAUGUCUCUAUCUGAUGAGGACACCUCCCUGCCAUCAGGGGAAGCAGCUAAGCCGUCUCAGCAGCAGCGGCAGAAAGCCUUCUCCGAACGUAGUUGUAGCUUCAGUGCUGAAACCCGUGCUGGAAUGCGCUUGGAGAAAGGCGUGGACCACAUGGCCAGUCAAAUGGGUGCAGAUGCUCGUAUUCUGGCUGCAGCGCUCUCUGGUAGUCAAAGUCCACCACCUUGCAGUGUUUCCAAAUCACUAUUUGAAGACUUGGAAGAGGAGCCAGAAGAUAAGGGUGUGUCACUUAAGCUGCCAGAUGAACGUAAAGAAGAUAAAGAGUUGAAAGGGGCUGAGGUAAAGAAAGAAAAACAAGAGAGGAAACAUACUGAAACAAAUGAGGAUGAGUCUGGAAUGCGAGGAGCUACCUUGGAGAGGGCAGAUGUGGAGGUGGGAGCAGACCCGCUCUCCCUUCUGGUGUCAGAGAGUGAAGAGUCGGCUUCUGUUAACAGUCAGGAACCACCACGCGCCGUGCCUGCUGUGGUAUCCCGUAACCUGGCUGAGGAGAUUGAAAUGUAUAUGAGUCUGCAAAGCCCCAUGGGUCCCAAGUCCUCUAGCAUGGAGCUCCAGCAGUCCCAGGGAGACUCCACUGACAGUCCCCAACCCAAACAGCCCCUGGAGCGACGGUCCAGCCUCCCAGUGCCUCCUGUCAAAACUCCAACUAGCUCACCAGUUGACAAACCCAAAAGAAGCCCCAGCACAGUCACUCGAUCCAAGACUUUUGCAGCAAAGACAAAGACGGCUGUAAGCACAACAGCAGGCCCAACUUCUAGAUCAUCCUCUCUGACAGCAUUGGUUAAGUCUUCACAGGGAGGGUCACUGGGCUCUGUCAUUAACACCAUUUCAGGGAUCAAAAUGGACACCCUGCUGUCAGGACCUAAAAUUGACGUGCUUAAAUCAGGCAUGAAGCAGGCAGCUAAUGUGGCCAGCAAAGUGUGGGGCGCUGUUGCAUCAGCCUAUGUAUAUUCAGAUGAUGAGGAUGAACAAACUCAGGGUGCCAGUGGCUUCCCGGCUCGUUUGGAUGAACACAUCCUGUCUGCACACGACUUGGAUGACAGCCCUGAGAGAAGGGGCAUCCCAUGUUUGGGAGCUAAUGGUCUAAAUCAUAGCAGCACCAGCCUGGGCAGCAGCAGUGGCAGCAGUGACACAGGUCGAGGAACCCAACAGACACACCCAACUCCAGGGCGUUCAGGCAGGGGUCCUGACUCAGAGCAAAGCUCCUCACAUCAUGCUUCUUCCUCAAGCAUAUACCAAAACUGCGCUUUGGAGGUGCUGAUGUCUAGUUGCUCCCAGUGUCGCUCAUGUGAAGCCCUGGUAUAUGAUGAGGAGAUCAUGGCAGGCUGGACAGCUGAUGACUCCAACCUCAAUACAAACUGUCCUUUCUGUCGCACAGCUUUCCUUCCAUUAAUGCACAUUGAGUUUCAUGAUUUGCGUGCAAUGCCUGGGUUUUACAUAAAUCCCAGUGCCUCAGGAGACAGUAUCCACAGCAGCAGUGCUCAUCCCACGGCGAGCAGCUCAGCUGACACGAAGGCACAAGAUCUCAUCAGUUUCGCCGAGGAGGAACCAAAGGAAAAUCCAGAUAAUCGUCCUGGAGCACACAAAAGUCUGAUUCCAGAGCCUGUGCAGUCGGACCCUCUGGGUCUCCUAGAGCACCAGGCACCAGGGAAGCAGCAGAAAUGCAGUGGAACUUCACUGACGCGCAGCAACAGUGUUGGAGGUCCUCUCCAGAGCCUGGACCACACCCAGAGACCUGGACACGGUGUCUCCACCACUAGCCUGCCCUGCAGUCUGCAAGAGGUGUCGGAUGGCAUCGGAACUAAACGACCAAAUCCCAAGCCUGUGUCUGUUCCGUACCUCAGUCCUUUGGUCUUACGCAAAGAGCUGGAGACCCUGUUGGAGAACGAGGGAGAUCAGGUGAUCUACACCCACAAAUUCCUCAGCCAGCAUCCAAUUAUUUUCUGGAACCUGGUGUGGUAUUUCCGCCGCCUGGACCUGCCCACUCACUUACCUGGUCUUAUCCUUGCUUCUGAACAUUGCAACAAUGGAGUACAGCUGCCCCUGACAACACUGUCUCAGGACAGCAAGCAGGUGUUCGUACAGCUCCUGUGGGACAACAUCAACCUGCAUCAGGAACCUGGAGAGCCUCUCUACCUGCUCUGGAGGGCCUUUUUGGAGAAGAAGGGGACUUUGGCUCCAACAGACCACCAGGAGAUCCGUACUCUCCUCAACACUAUUGUUCGCAACAUCCAGACCAAUGACGUCUACGGGCCGAUCAACCUGCUUAACAGAGAGAUCAAACGGCGUCCAGAUGGUGUCAAACGGCAGAGGAGUAUUUAUAGGGAAAUUCUGUUUCUUUCAUUGGUGGCUUUGGGACGAGAGAAUAUUGACAUAGAGGCCUUUGACAGGGAAUACCUCCAGGCCUACGAUGAGCUGAACACAGAGUCUUUGCACCGCAUCGAUCGCCCGCCCAGCGCCAGUGUCCAGUGGUGCCUUAAAUGUUUUGGAGCCCCCGUCAUCUGAACACGGUUGCCUUCUGCAGCAGAGAUGUAAAAUCUCACUACAAAGACAGGAGGGAAAAAAUAAUGAACUUUUAAAAACUCGUCCAAGCUUUAUGUGGUACUUCUUAUUUGUGUCUUGGAAGCUGCAAGUUGUUUUGCUUUUUUGUUUUGAACCUUUAUAUAAUUUCUUUCUUUCUUGAGGUUUGUCAAGCAGCUACCUUCAGAUUAGAUGGGAUGGGGUUUUUUUCCACUACUUGGAAAUCUGCAAAGACUAUUUUGGGACUUUUUUUUUUUUACAGAUUGUAUAUAGAAUGAUUAAUUGCUAAACAGUGUGUUGACCUCCCUCUCUGUGUAUGUGUCUUGAUAGUUUUUCACCUCUUUGCUUAAAUCUUUUCCACUGUUUCCAGAUCAGAUCAGUGUGAGUUGGUCGAGAGUACAGACCCAGACUGUAUGUUUGUGCACUUUCUAAAGAGGAAGAACAGAAAAAAAAGGAAAAAAAAAAUACUCGAUUUUGUGUCUUUUUGUGCAUAUUUUUCACUUGAGUGGGAAAUCUGAAACAAGGGUUGCCUAUUUUUCCAGGCAUCACCUCUCAAUGAAUUGACUGUUUGUGUGAUCCAAGUCUUAAUGAAUGCUCAAGUUGUUUAAGUGUAAAUAUACAAGCUCAUGUUAGGGAGGGGGUGGGAGCUCUGUCUGUGUGGAUAUGUGGUGGCAGUAAUCAAGUAAAUAGGAGAAGACUGAAACCAUGGACAAUCACUAAUCAUCAAUCACUAAAACGGUUUCACAACAUUCCAGAUCCCCCUGCAGUCAAAGCAGGUCUUACAUAAGUAUUGAUACUUGCAGCAACACUUAACCACAAGCUAAACCAGCUUAUUUAGAGAUAUAGAUCUUUAGAAAGCAUUCCCAAUCUUAAGAGUGCCACACUACUGAUUCCAACAAAUAAAACAAGACAAACAGUAGCUUGGUGUACUGCCUUGCUGAUGCAGUCAAGAGUGUGACUUAUGCUUUUAAUAAUGGCAGUUUUUUUUUUUUUUUUUUAGUAUUUCUUUUUUACAGCAACAUACUGUACUUAAGUUAAUAUGCCUUAUUAUUAUAGCUUAGAGCUCACAUGUAUUUAGGUUUUUCCUCACUGUAGCAUAGAAUGAGGCGUUUUAAAGUGAGGAAUACAUGCAGACUGGACAGGUUUUAAAGGUUUACCUAGUGUCUUUAAGAAAUAGUGCUAGUAACUAGAACUUUUCCAGAGCAAAGUGCUUCUUCAGCGCUGCUGAUACCGUGUGCAGAAAGGAAGACUUUGACAUGACAUUCCACUAAAUGCUGAAACAGACAGGAAAUCAGGAAGUGUGCUUUUAUGAAUUAUUGGGAAAUUGAUAUAGACUGAACUAUUUGUAGAUUUGCAAGAGUGACUUGUACAGAUUAGAUAAUGUAAGAUAUUCCACUUGCACUGCGUACAUAAAGACCUGACCUUAACCCAGGGUGAGAAGAUGAAUCCGCAUCUGAACAUUAACAACAUGUACACCAGUGUUUUCUCAAAGCAAAAAAAAAAAUCUCAAUUAUUUAUUUUUGUAUUAUUGACAUUGGGAUUGCAGAUGCUGUGCUAAUUUAGGAUUUUUAUUACUAACACCCCCUUGUUACCUUUUAAUCUGUCCUAAGGGAUUCCAUCUUGUACUGACUUCUGUAAAUUUGAUCAUUUUGGUUGUACAGAAAAUAAUUUUUCUUUAUUUUAAAUAGUAGAUUAAAUGAUCUCUAACCGUCCUGUGGAAAGGAAAUGAAUGUCCAUACUGAAGUGCGCUGCAAUAAAUGAGUUUCUGAACUGA